AACGGCAUAUGAAAGGAAACUUCUAUCAGCCGCACCAGUUCUGGUAAACAAUAGCAGGUGCAUUUGAAAAAGAUCCGGUUUCCAUGAAUAAGAUCCUGAGCUAGAAAUAUGCAACAGGAAAUGCUAUGGAUAUCCUCCGUGCUGUAGAUUUCUCCUUCAAAUAGCAUUUUGAGUGGAUCACUUCAUUUUUGAACUUCCGAACUCUUCAGCGGCCAUGAGUGGAAGGAGCUCAGAUUGAUACAGGGUGCUAGGAAAAGACAUCAGAUGAUGGGGACACCUGGCGGGCCAGUUCUGGGCGGGUUUGGCUCUACAACAUCCUCCCUAGACCUUGUUGGCUGGAUGGUUUGGCCUGGUAAUACCACCGUGAGCCUGAACCAGAGCUUCUUCUUGACUGACUACAGCUUCAAUCUCUCCUCCUCUUCUUCCUCCUCUCCUCAUGGGGUCGAAAAGGAGUCGAUGAAGGAGAAGAACUGGCCAGCCCUGCUGAUUCUUGUGAUUAUCUCUCUGACGAUAGGAGGAAAUAUUUUGGUUAUUUUGGCCGUGUCGCUGGAGAAGAAGCUGCAAAACGCUACAAACUUCUUCCUGCGCUCGCUCGCAGUGGCGGACAUGCUGGUCGGCAUCUUGGUCAUGCCCAUCUCGCUCAUUAACAUCCUGUAUGAUUAUGCCUGGCCAUUGCCCAGCGCUCUCUGUCCUAUUUGGAUAUAUCUGGAUGUGCUUUUCUCUACUGCUUCCAUCAUGCACCUGUGUGCCAUUUCCCUUGACCGCUACGUGGCCAUAUGCAAUCCGAUCGAGCACAGUCGGUUCAACUCCCGCACCAAGGCCAUGCUGAAGAUUGCUGCAGUUUGGACCAUUUCAAUAGGUAUCUCAAUGCCUAUCCCAGUGAUUGGACUGCAUAACAGAGAAAAGGUCUUGAAAAACGGCAACUGUGCUCUAAAUGAGGAACACUUCAUACUGGUUGGCUCUUUUGUUGCCUUCUUCAUUCCUCUGGUCAUCAUGGUGGUUACUUAUUGUCUCACCGUCCAAGCGCUUCAGCGUCAGGCCACAGUCUUCCUCUAUGAGGACAAAGCCUCUUCUCAACAGCCUUUGCAACCUCCAGCUCCACCUACUUCCCAGUUGGCCCCGCCACCAGCCUCCCGUCGCAGCAGUCUGAACUGUCUACGGAUCAGCAACAGCGAUGGAAACAUGCUCGGUCUGACCGUGCCCCCAGACACCAUCUCAAUAAUCCCAAGUUCAGAAGCACCAUCUCAAAUGAAUUCGCCUGCUGGACGGGACCCAACCGGAACCCAUGGACGGCGAGGCAUGAUGCAGGCCAUCAAGAACGAGCGACGAGCAUCCAAAGUGUUGGGUGUAGUGUUCUUCCUCUUCCUUGUCAUGUGGUGUCCCUUUUUCAUCACUAAUGUUCUGUAUGUCCUCUGCCACAAAGCCUGUAAUAAGCCUGUGCUAACAGAACUGCUCAAUGUUUUCGUUUGGGUGGGCUACAUCUCAUCAGGAGUCAAUCCUUUAGUGUACACUUUGUUUAACAAGACCUACCGAAGAGCGUUUUCAAGUUACAUGCACUGCCAGUAUAGACGGGUGGGGCUUAAUCCCAUCGCUAUACACGCUCCUUGUCCAUCCCAUGCAGUAGUCACUCCCAUCCUGAUCUGCGAAAAAGUUUCCAUUGACCGGAACAGUAACUGCCGCAAUGGGGACGGCAAUGGAAUUCGAAAUCUGGAGCCCCAUGACAUGGGCACUGAGCCCGGACUGGAGCUGAAACCAGGAAUAUCAGAGCUGUCUAUCAGCAGUGGUCACAGCCACACAGAACACACCAGCAGUGUCUGAAAACUAUCUUUUAGUGUGACGUGGAAAACAGGACUGAGCUACAAGUCAUGUUUAGGAGACAUCAGCUGUCUACGCAACCUCAGUUGUAUCACAGCAUAGAAUGUAUGCUUAGUUAGCUACAGAAACAAUAAUCUGGCCAAGGUCAGAAAAGGGAGAGGGAAUGUAACGUGUGUGUGUGUGUGUGUGUUUGUGGUUACAGGUUCAGAUGUUUGAAUGCCAUUAAGUCCUGCAUGAGCACCCAGUCUUUUACUAAAGCGGCAUUGGACAUACAAGACUGCAGUUCAUGCGAAUAUACGACAGAUAGAGUCAUAGCUUCCUCUUGUGGUCAGUUGAAUAAUUACAAAAAGUGUGAAUAAAAUUUUUUAAAAAGAGUUACUGUGUCAUCCAAGCUAGUUGCAUUACAAUAUGGAUGGAGCGAUGCUGUCUAAAUACACUUGCAAGUCAGAUCAUUGUUUGUGUAACUUGUAAACAUCUCCAGUACGAUAUGAUGAAUCCUUUGAGUUGCAGUAAACCAAUAACACAGUUAGGGGUUAUAUCUUAUUUCCUGGUCUAACAAUGCAGAGGAAAUGACUGCUAAACUCUAGUUUUCUUUAAAUCACUUGUUACAGUGACCUAGAAAACAGCAACUUGACAAUGGGGUAUAAGUCAUACUUAACAUAAAAAUUGGAUAAACAAUUUCAAUUUGCAUCUCUAAUGCUAAGACAUAACAAAUGCGGUUUUA